AUGUCCGUGGAAGAAGAGGAAAAAGGCAAGGAGCAGGAACGGGCGGCAGGGAAUGAGUGCAUGGUAGACCAGGCUGAGAAAAUGCGGGCUUGGUUCGCUUGCGAGAUCUUCUGUUCUAGCGAAGCCGCGCCGGGUGCCGCCGCGACCGCCGGGGCCGCCGCAGAGGAGGCCGUGUGGCGCGUGGUGGGCGGCACGGCCAAGGGGGGCAUCGUGGUGCGCGUUGGGCGCGCGCUGGGCUCCCCGGAGGAGCCGCUGCGCCUGGCGACGGGUGCGCUCGUGGGCCAGGAGGAGCUCCGGGGCGACCGCAUGCGCUACCGCCGCCUCUCCGGCGCCGGGCCCGACGCGGGCUGGGUCAGCGUCAGGCGCUGGGCCCCCGCUUCUGUCCUGGCCCGGCCGUCCUGCUCCGCGGCCGAGCUGGCAGCCGCUGCCGCGCCCCCCCCCGCGGCCGUGCCGCCCUCGGCGGCCGCGUGCGGCACGGGGGCUGCCGCGCAGCUGCCCCGCGCGGUGCCUCCGCGGGCGGCGGCGACGCUGCCGGGCCCUGGCGAGGCGUCGGCGGCGGUGCUUCCUGCACGGCCCAGGCGGCCGGGCGCAGCGGCGUGGCCCGCCGCCCGGGGGGUGCCCGUGCCGCCGCACGCGGCUCCCCCGUGCGGGGACGUGGAGGCGUCGUUGCAGUACCUCGUCCACGAUGGGUCGGAGCCGUUCGCCUACAUGUACAAGCGGGAGGACGGAGGAAAGCAGAUGCAUGGCGCCUUCGAGCCCCGCACGGUCACGGUCACGGACGCAUGGCUGGAGGCGCCUUCACUGUCGCUGGAUGCACACGGGGUCCUCCUCGCGCCGCACAGCACAGCGCUCUCGGCCGCCGACUUCUACGAGCAGCCUGCCAAGGUCUGGAGGGACUACUACGAAGAGAUGCGCGCACUGGUGCAGCGCGCCACUGGCGCGAGCCAGGUCUUCGUCUUCGACCACAACAUCCGGAACCCGCAGGAGGCGAAGUGGCGGCGCGGAGUCAUCGGUUACGUGCCCUACGCGCACAACGACUACACCACGAAGUCGGGGCCAGCACGGUUGCUGGAGCUCGCUGGGGCCUCCGGGCCACUGGCGGGGCUAGACCCAGAAGGGCUGCUCAAGAGGCGUUUCAUGAUCGUGAACGUCUGGAGGAACAUCGCAGACGCGCCCAUCUCUUGCGACCCCCUCGCCGUCGCCGACGGCAGCACGGUCGGCGCCGAGAGCUACGUGCCGAUGGACCUGAUACACCGGGACCGGGUGGGCCAGACGUACUCCGUCACGCACGAUGCCUCGCACCGCUGGCUCUACUUCAGCGGCAUGCGCAGGGACGAGGCCCUGCUGCUGAAGUGCUACGACUCGGCGGAGGAGCAGGGCAUCGUCCGAUGGACUGCCCACACGGGCUUCGUCGACCCGCGCUCGCCGCCAGAGGCGCCGACGCGUCAGUCCAUCGACGCCCGCUGCCUGGCGCUCUUCGAGGAGAGCGACGAGGGACGCACCGCGCUGCCUGCCGCCGAGCUCUUCCCAGAGCUGCGCAGGCUGGCCGCAUCGCACCAGGCGGCCACGGAUAAGAGCUGA